CACGGGUGGACGGUGGAUGACAGCUUUUUUUUACCGUUGUUUUACAAGUGGCAACAGAGCUUAAUUGCAGACUUCUCCUUUUUCUCAUGUUUUGAUUAUCGGCUAGACGGCUACAUGUGAUUUGCUUUGGCACGCUUUGCCGAUCCCGUAAUUGAUCAAAAGCAUAAAAAUGGAUACAAACCUACAAGAGAAUUUUAAUCAUCAUACUACAGUGGCAAAAGCACUUUCUCAUGAUGUUCAAUCAGAAGCCUUUUACGGCACAAUUAGGGCUCUUCUUACAACAAUUCAAAUAUCGAGAAGAAAAGAUUUUAAGUUAACAGAGCCCCCUGAUCUUUUGUCAAUAACUGAAGGACUGGUUAGAAAUGCAAACCUUACAAUAGACCUUGCCAUAGUUGCUGGGAAAGUAAACUGCUUGACAAAAGUAUACAUCCAGCAUAAUCCUGUGGCAGUAGAGGAUUUGAUGGCUCAGUCUUCACAAAUUACAGAGACUAUUCCAAAAAUGUGCUUCCUGUUCGGCAUAAUUGAUUGUCUACCAACUGACAGAUGUGAAGUGACUGUAAUUACCAUCGCAGAAGAAAUCUGUCAACUCCUGAAAAAUUUCAGUGCAACAUAUUUCCAUCAGAUGAAACUCCUGCUUGCUUGGCUUCAAUAUAUCCGAAGUAUUGUGCCCUUUAUUCCCCAUACAAAUCCUGUUCGUGCCCAAUUCCUCCUGCCUCAAAGUGUGAUGAUGGACAUCAUCAAUCUUCAUUGGGAGACAACUCAAGUGCAAAAUUUACCAGAGCAAUGCCUAGCGACAAUCUGCGAUAUAUGGCGUAUCGCCCAGCCAACAUCGCAGUACGCCGAUAUCGUGGCUAAGAUGGCGUUGACCAACUUGACGUGGAAAUCAAGGACAAAAUACCUUAUCUUGGCAACCGUACUGCCUUUCACCAACUUCAAGGAAAUUUUGUGCGAGUACCCCGACACCAUUUACGCUAUAACGACCAGUCUUGAUUCAAAUAUUCUCUUGGCAGCUGGAACCUCUCUCUUCAAAGCUUUCACAAAAAAAUUGACUCCUGACGAGUGGGAAGACUACUGCCAAAGUGUACUGCUCGAUGCAUUGAACCACUCGAACCGAAACACCCAUUUAAAUGCCGCCCAUUACUGGCUUCCGUGCUUGAUUCACACCUCGCCUGUGGUUCUGAUCGAACUGAAACAACGCCUCCUAAAAUCUGAUAACUUCAAUUGGCUAGCCUACAUAUCGCUAUUGAAGUUGAUGGAUCAUCUAGAUGACAGAGAUAGACUACUUACUUAUAGAGCCUUGAAUCAUAGCGAAGAAGAAGUAAGAGCAGCUGCAUUUGGAAUCCUACUUCAUACGAAUAAGAAGACAGAAGUCAUCCGCGCCGAAGAUUGGGAUUUGAUGAACAACUUCUUGCUCAACAAUCUCCGAUCUGACAAUCCGCAAUUUAGAUUGAAAUUGCUGUCCACCACACGGCUUUUCUUGAUUCGCCUAUUGGAGUCUUGUCUUAGCAGGAUCAAAGGCAAUUGUCCUUUAGAUGAAGAUAUUGAAAAUUUGAGGAAGCUUCAUGACCAACUACUUGAGGGUUUGACUCCUUUAUCCAGCUAUCAGAAGAAAGUUACUUCAUUAGGUGUCCUUCGCUACAUCCAGCAGUUGUUUGGCAAUAGUGAUGCUCAGGCAGACAGUCUAGCUAAAGGGGCUUCAUUAUCGAAACGUCAUCAGUUGAUCCAGCUAGCCGGAGAUCGCUGGGAUUUUACUGGAAAAAUACCUCUAGACCAUUACACCAUCUGCUUAAUGGAUGAGGUGAUUGACGUCCGCCAUAAAGCAGCGGAUAUUCUGCGGGACUUUUUCCCGUGCCCACCUUCCAGUUAUUUACAGUUGCUUUACCGCCAAGGAUUAGAGAUGUGCGAUAGUGCCAAAUUCCAGCGGAGUGAAUGCGGUGCUGCCGUAAUUCAAAUGAUUAGUCAUUGGUCACCUACAAGCCAGGAUAUCGAACCAAAAUUAACGUUAGACUUUCUGAUGGGGGAGAUUCAAAAACGGUUUCAUCAACUUAAGUUAGACUGGAUGUCCGGAGCAGCUCAACAACCUGUUCAUGGUUUCGUUGGCGCUCUGGUCAAAGUUCUUCAGCUUCCACACCAUUCACACUCGGUGACAUCCUACACAAGUUUGAUUGAACUAAGUCAAACGAUAAGUUGUUAUAUGCUGGACAUGUUAGCCAGCAAAUCAACUGGAAGUCCAGAUGUGGCGCCAUCGUUCGAGGAGAUGAGUCAAUCCAUUGACGAUAUUGUUCGCCGAAAUAAUUCGACGAACAUGAAUGAUACGAUAGCCAUCAGUGUUCAGCAACAGCUGGUCUUGGCCUGCGCCUGGCUUAACUUGAAGGAAUCGGGUUAUUUGGCUGUUCAAGUUGCCACUUUGCUGCUAAAGGACGAGCGACUGCCCCAAGAAGAACGGAUCCACCAGAUUGAUCAGUGCGCCCAAGUAGUGUAUCAAAUUCUCAUCCGUUGUCGCCAUAAAGGCGCUAUUGAAGCAGCCGGCGAUGCUAUGGGCUUACUGUGUAGAAAAUUGUUUGCCAGUCAAGAGGAAGCAAUCAGAACCAUUCCUGGAAAGAUAUUGACCAAUUUUCUACAACGGCUCGAAAAUUCAAAGUUGGGGGCAUCCAUCACUCGCCGCUCGGCUGGGCUAGCUUUUUUGGUUAGCAAGAUUGUAAGCAGUCAAGCAGAAAAGUCUUCACCGGAUUCAUUACUCGUAGUGGCAACUAAAAGAUUGAUUAACGUUGCCCAGCGCCCAGUUGAUAUGAAUGAACGACAAGAUGAUGUCUGUGAUUUGCCCCAGUCAGUGGCCAUGCAUUUACUUAAGUCGCUGGUUCACGAUGCUUCGCUUAGUGUUGGAUUACAGCCCGAAUUGAUGGAGCCCAUCGUCAAGUUGAGCGUCGACUCUUUUGCGCAUCCGCACUGGUCCGUUCGCAAUGCCGCUUUACAGUUACACGGAGCCGUUAUUCCGCGAUUGAUUGGUGCAUCUAGCAAGACGACGGCAGAGAUCUUUCACAAACUUCCAGGAUUAGAGUCAUUCUUCCUUGAAAAGUUAGCCGAACAACCCGAAGAUCAACAACUAGUUAGCGGUGGUCUUAUUCCAAGUCUCAGCAUUUUAAGUCGCCUUUCGCCCGACUAUGGAAACGAAGCCCGAAAUUCCCUUUUCGUUUCCAAACUCAUGGCAUUACUUGGCCAUCCAGUUGUUCAGGUCCGGCAAUUGGCUGCACAAAGCCUGUUGGCGUUUGUCUCGCUCUUCAAAACCAAAUGGAUCACGAUGCAACUUUGCGAAGAUGCUAUGGUCUUGGUAACGCAAAAGAGUUCCGAAAUACCACUGCAUUUCUGUGUCAUCGGAUCCUCCACUACAAACAGCCUCCACGGAUGCCUAUUGGCUGUGUUCGAAUUUUUAAGUCGCUGUCGUGACAUCGCACUUAGCGUCGAAGACUGGGAGAUGAUUCGCGAGGCAGUUUCGGCACUUGUUCCCGUGGAGAAUGACCAUCGCAGUUAUUACAUCAAAUCUGCCAUUUUGAAGCUUUUCCAAAUGCUGCCGAGCAUGGCUGGGGACGUGGAUUUUUUCAAACCCUACAGAGAGGAAUUGGUUCGCAAGCUGUACUACAAUCAACCCGGUUUUUGCGACUGGCUGAGGCUGAAAACGGAACUAAUCGUCAAUAAAAUUUCACUCAACUGCAUGCUGCCUGCCAUCGAACACUUUCUACCCAUCCAUAACGGAACGGAUGUAGUGGAGAUGGCCCUGAGAGGUCUUAAAAAUCGAUUGGCUCGCUUGUCGAGUUCCAGUGUUUUGGCCAAUACCGUAACUUGUUUCGUUACGUACUACAUCAGCCAUUGGCAGUUGUACCCUAGUCUGGUACCUGCCUGUCUCGAAUUCGUUCUGGCUCGAGGAGCUACUUGUCUGUUGGAAAGUGAUACAUCGCUUCAAGCGAACCUUGAUUUCCUGUUGGGCACAUUCAUCGAAACAAGGCAAUUAGGUUCUGCCGUGGCUCUAUCAGCGAUCCCAACAGCGUCUGCUGUCAUCAAAGAAACAAUAGAGAAGAGCCUUCCGGUUGACAAUUUAGACAGUGUCAUUUUUCGACUAAGUCGCUGUUUGUUGGACGCUUCACAACCAGAAGAAGCGCCACCGUUCCGUGCCGCGGCUGCUGCCAGUCUCAAAAUGACGGGAAGGCUAUUAGUAGAAAGGACGUAUAAAACGGCGGAAACCAGUCGAAAUCUUUUCCUCCUUAUUUUGAAUCUUAUUCAAGAUGAGGAAAAAGACAUUCGAGGAGAUACAGCUUUCUUUUUGACGGAUCUAGUCUCCUCACUAAACAGUACUUCCCCAGAAAAUCCGCGCAUGUUUCAGAUGAGUCCUACUUGCUGCCUUGAAGAAUUUGCUCUUCACAUUCACCACUGGUUUCCUAAGCAACACAUUGUUCCAGUCAUAUUUGAUUUGUUGAAAAACUGUGAUCCGGUUGAAAUUGAUGAAAUUCAACAGCCCUUGUAUGAUCGGGAACCCCGAAAUUUUUUCCAAGAGGAGACGGAAUCGGUCCGAUUCCUCGUCAAAGUGGUCAAGUCAUUGGCCAGUGCUAUGGAAUGUGAUGAUAACCAUCCCUUCCAGUUGAAUGUUGACGUUGAACACACUUUUGAAGAAGCCCACCAAUGCCUUGAUCGCGUCAGACCCAAUCUGUCGUUCAGCGCAGAAGCAAAUGAAUGGCUUUUUACUCAAUCAGCAGAAAGUUAUUCAGUUCUUAUUCGACUCAAUGCCCGCUUAUCUAUUAUAGGUUUAUGCUGUCCAUCUUGGGAGACUGACCACCGUUUUCUGGAGCUCAAAAGCUUAAUUGAACGAAUGACUCAUCGCUGCGUUUCGUGAUUUUUUUUUCCCGAUUGUUUUUCCAUUUUUUUUAAACAAAAUUUGGAGUUUUGGCUAUAAAAGGGGGAAGUAUUUCAACAGUUUUGAACAUGUUUACCAGUAAAAUGGUUAAAUUUGUCAACAAAUUAUUGUACGAAAGGUAUUACGGAGUAGUAAAUAAAAAUUAAUGAUUACGAAA